GGUGUCACUGACUAGUUGAAAUGGCUGCGACCGGAGUUUUGCCGUUCGUUCGCGGCAUUGACUUUACAAGAAACGACUUUAAGGAUGGGAAGUUUCCGUCAAACAUUACUGAUCUGUCCAGCUUGAGAUGGCUCCGCAUCAACAAGACAAACCUAGACUCGGUACCCUACCAGCUAAGGAACCUGAGCAAACUGGAACACUUGUCUCUGGUGGACAACGAUUUGACAAACCUACGCGGGGAUCUCGCCUCACUCUCAUCCUUAAGAGUGCUGAACGCGCGUCACAACAAGCUAAAAUCGAGCAACAUCUCGAGCGAAAUAUUCGCUUUGGAGGAACUCACUGUCGUGGACUUUAGUCAAAAUGAAUUGGAAAAGGUUCCAAGCAGUUUGGAGAAUGCAAAGGCCAUCUUGGUUUUGAACUUGAGUCAUAAUAACAUCUCAACAAUACCGAACCAGCUCUUUGUCAAUUGUGUGGACAUAUUGUAUUUGGACCUAAGUUAUAAUAAACUAGAAACCCUUCCACCACAACUUCGACGUUUGAUAAAUCUGCAGACGCUGGUCCUUGAUAACAAUCCAAUGGAACAUUUUCAGCUGAGGCAACUUCCAGCUCUGACCGAGCUCACUUCACUCUCGAUGCGAAACACGCAGCGAACAAACAGUAACAUACCGGAGAAACUAGAUGCUCUUGUCAACCUCAUAGAGCUGGACCUGUCCUACAACGAGAUGAACCGGGUUCCCGACGGCCUCUUCUCCAUGUGCAACCUGAAGCGGCUCAACCUCGGACACAACCGCAUACGCGAGAUCGGCUCCGGCAUCGAGGUCUGGUCCAAGAUGGAGGUCCUCAACGUCUCCUGGAACAAGAUGAAUGCCUUUCCGCCUCAACUCUGCAAGCUCACCUGCAUGAAGCGGCUCUACCUGAACUCAAACGAGGUCGACUUCGAGGGCAUUCCGUCGGGGAUCGGCAAGCUGCAUCAGCUCGAGGUGUUCAUGGCCGCCGACAACAACCUGGAGAUGAUCCCCGAGGGGCUGUGUCGCUGCGGCAAGCUGCAGCGCCUCAUCCUCAACAACAACCGCCUCGUAACGCUUCCCGAAGCCGUGCACCUCCUCACCGAGCUCAAGACUCUGGACGUGAGGAACAACAAGGACCUCGUGAUGCCGCCGAAGCCGAUGGCGAUGCAGAAAGGCGCCGGACUAGAAUACUACAACAUCGACUUCUCGCUGAGUCACCAGCUGCGGCUGGCCGGCGCGGCUCCGCAACCCGGCCUCACCCCCGAUAAACCUAAGUCGGACCCGCUUGCGAGGAAGAUGAGGCUGAGGAGAAGGAGGGACGGUCGCGACCAGGAACCCGAUAGCGACCAGAAGAAGAUUCUGAAGGGCUUCACUGAAAUCACGAAGAAGAAGCAGAAGAAGAAGGCUGGCAAGAAGGACGAGGAACCACUGGAUCUAAAGCCAAAGAAGUGGAAGGAUGAACUGGAGAAGCCAGCGCUAGAUUACAGCGACUUCUUCGAGGAAGAUGUCGGACAGAUCCCGGGAGUAACCAUCUGGGAAAUCGAGAACUUUGUUCCCAACCAACUGGACGAAGUGCUGAACGGAACUUUUUACGAGGGAGACUGCUACAUCGUUCUACAGACAGUGAUCGACGAGCAAGGGGGGAUCAACUGGCAGAUCUAUUACUGGAUAGGCAACAAGGCAACGCUGGAUAAGAAGGCGUGCUCGGCGAUCCACGCCGUGCACCUGCGUAACUUCCUCGGCGCGGAGACGCGCACGGUGCGUGAGGAGCAGGGAGACGAGAGCGACGCCUUCCUCGACAUCUUCGUCACCUCCGACGUCAGCUACAUAGAGGGCGCCAGGACGGCGAGCGGCUUCUUCACGAUAGAGGAUGCGGAGUUUGUGAAGCGACUGUACAGAUGUUCUGGAACAAAGAAUCUUCACUUGGAAGCAGUGGAUGUAAAGCCAGGGUCACUGGACUCACGCUACGUAUAUUUGCUUGACAUGGGCAAAAUGAUCUACAUCUGGUAUGGAACGAAGUCGAAGAGUGUAACUCGUUCAAAGACAAGACUGCUAGCAGAGAAGAUCAACAAAAACGAGAGAAAGAACGAGUCUCAGAUCGUCAUGUUCCAACCGAAAAUGGAGUCGUUCGGGUUCUGGGACGGGAUCGGUUGUCCGAACGGUCAGCCCCCGGAAACGGUCGAGGCUUGGAUGAUAGAAGAUGAUUCACGAAAGCCAAUCCUAUACAAAGUUGGUCUAGGAAUGGGGUAUCUCGAACUUCCACAAGUUGAGAUACCCCGAGCAGGCAUGUCCCCUGACUUGCUGGACACGAAGGGAGUCUACAUACUGGACUGCAUCAGUGACCUCUUUGUCUGGAUCGGUAAGAAGUCGACGCGACUCGUGAGAGCCGCCGCCCUCAAGCUGUCUCAGGAGAUCCUCAACAUGAUCCAGCGUCCGGCCACGGCCGCCGUCACCAAGUCUCUCGAGGGGUGGGAGAUCUCAGGAUCUUCUAAGACGAAAGUUUGGGCAGGCUGUGGUCGCGACGUGGACUCUCGCGGUGGCACUUUCCGCGCAGACGCCGAGGGCCGCCCUAGAGCGACCAGGGUGAUGCGUGACGGUCACAGCGUGAUGCACAGUGGAAGCCGUAACUGUGUUGCCGUGGACGACAUAACUGUAACCUCCGUGUUCACUCGUCAGGUGGAUCUGUCGGCGCUGUUCAUGCCGCGGCAGCCGGCGAUGACGACGGAGGAAGCUGACGCACUCAUGGAGGAGUGGAACGAGGACCUUGACGGCAUGGAGGCGUUCGUGCUCGAAGGGAAGAAGUUCGUGCGGCUGCCGGAGGAGGAGCUGGGUCACUUCCAGAGCGGAGACUGCUACGUGUUCCUGUGUCGCUACUGGGUGCCGCGGGAGCUGGACGAGAGCGAGGAGAAGGAGGAGCAGGAGCAGGAGCCUGAGGAUGACUACCAGUGUGUCGUCUACUUCUGGCAGGGCCGCGACGCAUCCAACAUGGGCUGGCUUACCUUCACGUUCAGCUUGCAAAAGAAGUUCGAGUCUCUCUUUGGUGAGAAAUUAGAGGUGGUGCGCAUGCAUCAGCAGCAGGAAAACCUCAAGUUCCUUUCCCACUUCAAGAGGAGGUUUGUGAUUCAUCAAGGCAAGAGGAAGGAAGUGGUGCCGGCGGGAGGGAGAAUUCCUCCGAAGCUCUACCACCUGCGUGCGAACGGAUGCCCGCUGUGCAUGCGCUGCAUCCAGGUCACUCCCACCGCCUUCAUGCUCAACUCAGAGUUCUGCUACAUCAUGAUUAUUCCGUUCGACAACACGGACACUAACGGCAUCAUCUACGUAUGGGAGGGCAACAGCGCGGACCCGGCCGAGAUCACCCUCGCCGAAGACAUCACGCGAGACAUAUUCAACAAAAAUAAACAGUACACUGUCACGGUGCUAGAAGAAGGCCAGGAGCCAGAGAAUUUCUUCUGGGUGGCGCUAGGUGGCAAGAAGGCUUAUGAGACGGUCUACGUGCAGAAUAUGCGCGUGAAGCAGCGCGACCGGCCGCGCAAGCUGCUGCUCACGCUCAAGACGAAGGAGAGCCGCAAGUUCACCAAGUGCUUUCACGGCUGGGGCAAGUACAAGAAGCCGAUGGCCUAGGUCGUUUCCACGGAUACGGAUACGCAAGCGGCUACGAGCGCAGGCGUGCAUGAGUCGGUUGUCUUACCGAGGCGUCGUGCUCGUUGUAAUCAUCAGCAGAAUCAUAGUCAUCGUCUUCGUCGUCGUCGUCGUCAUCAUCAGCAUCAUCAUUGUCGUCGUCGUCAUCAUCAGCAUCAU